AUGGUACACCCAAUGAGCUCAGCGGUUGAAUAUAACCAACCAGCUAUAUGUCCUUACGAACUAUCAAGGAUGGUCAACAUCACAGUCGGAAAUAAGAAGUAUCUGCUUCCAGAAACCUAUAUCCCGAAACACUCACUUUCGGAUGCAAGGCAAUCUCAGAGCCGUAUUUUGCUUGCUGAUGUCGACGCGGAUAUUGGCCAUACUAUUCUACAUUUCCUGUACAAGGGAGAAUAUGAAACAAUCGCAUAUCCAGGAACGCAAUCAGAUACAUCUCGCGUUGAGCUCGAAUACAGAAGAAGCCUUCAGGUCUAUUAUGCUUCCCGAAAGUACAAAAUACACGGCCUUGAGCUACUUGCCCGGAAUCACAUCAGGACUUUUGGUGACUUUCUGUCAAUUUCCCAGCUCCUCCAAGGAGCUAAAUUAAUAUACGCUAAGCUUCCUGAGGAUGAACAAUGGUUUCAUGACUAUCUAAGUUCUAAACUAUCUAUCACCAUUGCGAAAGAUGAGGCGACAUUCCAACAGAAUGAAUUCUAUGACGAGGUUAUGGGUGAUGCGGUGUUCAGCAAAGCCGUGAUGAAAAUCGUUGUCAAAGAGCUUACCCUGAAAUCAUCAGAAUUGCAAAAACCCCCUGAAAGUACCGGCAGCGGCAACGGCCCCACCGAGGCUUGUUGUGGAAAGAUUUUCUCAGAAUCACAAUAUAGGACAACCAAAGAAAACAAUGGAGAUUUGCGCCCUGACGUUCCAUCUGGACAAGAUCAUGUCGCGAAGGCUCAAUUCACUUUCGAUGAACAGCGACCAUGUGGAAAGUCACCAAUCGAGGUCGUACGACUUGAGAGCGAAAAGACCAUUUCGAAGGCCCGCUAUUCUCAAGAAUGGGAUGAUGACUGGGAUUGCACUUUGGCGGUCCCGAGCAAGAACAAGCAAAUGAAGCGGUCAGCUCAGAAACCUGAGAGCAGACAUGUAUAA